UGGAAGUGUGAAAUGAUAUUUGAAAGCCUUUGGCGACGGCAGAUGUAAUUGAUAUCAACAUCAGUAGCCUAUCUACAAAAAACUCAAUUUGGUCCAUGUAGGAACUCUAGGAAGGCAUAGGCUGUAGUGUAAUUUGUCCCAUUUAUUAGGAGUUGUGUUUUUGUUUGUUUGGUUGGGGUUUUUUUUGUUUUUGUUUGUUUUUUAAUUAUAUUGAGUUUUAUGCCAUAACAAGAGGACUAGUUACACAAAUAGAAGCAUUUUAUCUUAUUUUUUCCCAACAAGAAAUGAAGGAAGAAAUUGCAGCAACUGUUUUCUUUAUUGCGAGGCUAGCACAGAAAUAUGGUAAACUGGAUCGAAUUGCCAGGGAUAAAUUUGCUGUUUCUCUUACUUCAGUUCUUUUUGAGAAAUUCAAAAACCAUUGGUAUCCAAGCAAUCCAUUGAAGGGUCAAGCAUUCAGAUGUCUCCGGGUGAAUAAACUACAAGUUCGAGAUCCAGAUCUUGAACGAGCUUGCAGUCAAAGUGACAUGGAUUAUGAGGACUUGGGACUCCCUUCAGAGAUGACCAUUUGGGUAGACCCAGGAGAAGUUUCUUGCAGGUAUGGUGAGAAAGGCAGUCCAUUCUGUGUAACUCAACUGGAGGGGCAAAAAUGUGAUGGGGACUUCUCACGCCGAAUAAACAAUGCUGUGGAGAGGGCGUCCUCCGAUUACCACUCUGGAACUUCCUCUGAUGAAGAAGGGGACAGCAUAAGCAACAGUAGUGGCAUCAGCAGUACCAUUAGCAGCAGCAGCAGCAGCAGCAUCAACAGUAGCAGUAAUAGUAGUUGCUUGUCUGCUCCAGAACAGAAGACCAUCCCCACUGUCAGCAACCCCAACAGUGUUUAUCAGUUGCAGUUCAGUGAAUUUGCUCCACCUCCUCAGUCGUGGAACCCUUACCCGAAAAGGAAACCUUAUCCUGGGGAUGGUUAUCAACCACACAACAACUCUGCCAAUGGCCCAUUUCCACAGCACAAGUCUUUCAAAAAUUACCGGCCUUCCUUUGCUUUUUCAGGGCCACGAGUGGACAAGUAUCACUGGGUUAGUAAGAAUAGGUCCUAACAGCUAGAACCUGCAAAAUAUUUGUCGAACUCAGUCCUUUGUUGUUCAGUUAUUUGAAAGGGCUUUUACAAAGCCAAUUUCUGCAGUGUCAGCAAAACUAAUGAGCACUUUAGUCUCUUAGUCAUUGUUGUGGAACAUUUUUAAUAUAAGUGUUUUAUGAAAUUAUUUUACGUGUUUUAAUGACUUGUACUGUACAUGUGAAUGAGGGAAAAAAAUAAAUAAAAUCUUUAACAUUUCUCAAA